AUGAAAAGGAUGACUAGCAUGGACACACAUAUACAGCUAACAAGCAGUGGACACAGUGACGGUGGACACACUCCGCCUGGACAUGAGUUGUGGACAAUAAAUAUUAACAACAAUUUCUCAUUAGAAUCAACUACAAUAAACAUUAAAAAGAUGUUCGCUAUAAGGUUUAGGAGACAAAAAGGCGACACUGAUCCCCAUAACCUUGCACCAUAUUCAACGACAGCUCCAAACUCCCUCUACGUGCCCUCUGCAGAUCUAUGUUUCGUUGCUUUGUGGUUUGUUUGGUCUAGGGGUUUUGGUUGGAAUUUUUGUGUACGAUCCGAUCUUAGUCUCGAGAUGUUAUCUAGUUGUUGCUACGUGAUAUACGAAGCCCAAACAAGGAGACGCCUAGAGUUUUCGGAAGAUGACAUCAUCAAGAUCCCGGGGUGCGAUCUGGUGGCAGUGAUAGAGCGUUUCAAGAGGACCAUCAUUGGUCGCAUGUUUUACCGUGAUGAGAGAAGUAUGGAGGCUUUACUGACGCAACUACCACAUGCUCGGAUCUGGGAUAUGGAGGGAAGAGUUAAGGGUACAAACCUUAGCAAUGGCAGAUUCCAAUUUGACAUUGAUAAGGAGGAAGAUCUGGUGAAAGUCUUAGCAAAUCGCCUUUGUCAUUUUAAUCGCUGGAGUUUUGCACUCGAGGGAUGGGAACCCUCAACACAAAAGGAUUUUCCAUUCAUGAUGCCAUUUUUGAUGCGAGCUAUUGGCAAAGCUUUGGGACAUGUACUCAAAACGGAUGCCGAGAAGGCACAUUUGCAAGUUUUCAUUAACGUAAAUGAGCCCUUACAGUUUGAAAGAAGAGUGGGAUUCUCGAAUGGUAAUGUUGGCAAGAUUGAAUUCAAAUAUGAGGGACUGCAACGGUUUUGCUUCAAAUGUAAGCGCAUCUCACAUGAAACUAGCUCAUGCCCAGAGAUGCCUGCAGAGGAGAAGCAGAGCUACAACAUGCCGGGAGAGGACCCAAAAGGGAAAAGAGACUCGAUGCUGUUCCAAAAAGAUGCAAAGGAUUCACUAAUGCGAAUGAAAUCCCCGGUAAGGGAGGAAUAUGAGAAUCAGUAUCAACAGUCUCAGUCAAGAAAUGGUUUCAGAGAAACAGGGGAAAACUUCAGCCCCGAGAGAAGGAGGUCUGAUUCGCAUCCUAGCAAACUGGGGAAAUUAAACUCAGGGGCUAUCCGAGAAGUGUGGCAAUGGAGUAAAGAAAGGGAUCUAUGGAUGAAUCUCAGAGGUAAGAGACUAGCCCAAAACAAGGAUGUUUGGAACAGGAUAAACGAGCCUUAUGUGAGCUAUUUUCCGCGACUUCGCUAG